AUGCUGCCAUCACUAUUGCAGCAACCUUCUCCAUCCUCAUCGUCCUCAUCUAGUACUAGCUCCUCGCACGCAGCAAGCACCAGCACCAGCAGCACCAGCAGCACCAGCAGCAGUGGCAGUAAUAGUAGUAGUGCUAUUCCAAAACCCACAACCCCAUCCCCCUUCUUCGCACCCCUCCCACACACAACAUGGUCCCCCACAGCCGCCGCCCUGGCCCUGACCCGCGACAUCGCUAGCAUGAACACCACCAUCCUAGCCGAUCUGCACGGCCUCUCCAGCAUCCCGCGUAUCUACACCACGCUGUUCCACCGCACCCGCGAAUUCGCAGCCACCGUGCGCCAUUUUGCCAGCGUCGUGGCGUCGGGCUCGUGGGCUGCCGCCGCGUGUCUGCUGGUCGACUGGGGCGUGCAUGUGCUGCGGCAUCCGGGCGUCGGGCUCGAGCGCUUUCUGAAUAGUCAGAGAGAGAGUUUGUAUUGGAUUCUUGACGAUGCGUUGUUGAGGAUUUGUGUGGAUAUGUGGGAUCCGCCGUCUGAGCAACGGCAGCAAAAGGAGAUUUGUGAGAGGGAGGAGAAGGCGCGCGAGGUGACGAGGGUGGUGCCGUGGGAUCAGGCGACGGGGCCGAUUGUCAGGGUGCUGGCCAAGGCGCAGGUGUUGGUGCCCAUUUGGGGGCAGAUGGAUGUUGAGGAGACGAGGAAGUGGGAGGUACCUAUCUAUGAGGGUGCGCAGGCCGACUGGUUUGAGGUGGGUUGGUUUCGGCGGUCGAGGCAGUUUCUUAGGGAGAGUAGUAGGAUCCAUGAGAUUUGGAGGACGGUGAGGAGGGCGGGGAAGGGACAGUUGCCUGCAGAAUUGGCGAAUGUGAUUGUCGAGGAUGUGGCGGCGUUUGAGGAGUUGCCGCUGGGGGAUCUGAGGGAGUUGUAUUUUCCGACUGGGAAGAGAGUGUCUCGCUGA